AAGUUUCUUAUCAUUAUAACACUUUUUACAAUGGCAAACCUAGCAUCAAAUUUGGCUCAGAAGAAGAUGGGAGAAGUCCCCGUGAAAGUAGCAAACGAAGACAAGCAAGAACAUGCCGACACCGAUAUGCUUGCCUGCUGCUGGAUGGGAAAGGACAAGGUUGAGAUGAAACGUGUGCCCAAGCCUGCAGUUACUGAUGAUGAAGACGUUUUAAUCCGCAUCACCGGAAGCACAGUGUGCGGCUCUGACUUGCACUUGUAUCAUGGAGAAAUUAUGCAAAUGAAGGCAGGAGAAGUUCUUGGACACGAAUUUAUGGGAAUCGUUGAAAGUACUGGUCCCAAAGUCACCAAGGUCAAAACUGGAGAUCGAGUUGUGGCUUCCUUUAACAUUGCCUGCGGUACCUGCCAAUACUGCCAGAAGAAGCAAUUUACUGCCUGUGAUUGCACUAACAACAGUUCCGUCAUGGAAAAGUUGUAUGGCCAUCGAAUUGCUGGUGUUUUGGGAUACUCUCAUUUCGUGGGUGGCUUCAGCGGAGGUCAAGCUGAAUAUGCCCGAGUUCCUUUCGGUAAUACCAACUUGAUCAAAGUCCCUCAAGGCGUCGAAAAUGAAAAGGCCCUCUACCUUUCGGAUAUUGUACCCACAUCCUACCACGCCAUCUGGGAAGCUGAUGUCAAGGAAGGCGAAGUUAUUGGAGUUUGGGGCUUAGGACCUAUUGGACUCAACGUAUGCCAAUGGCUGCGCAAUGUGUUCAAAGCUUCUCGUAUUAUUGCCGUGGAUAAUGUUCCUGAGCGUAUGGAAUUGGCAAAGAAUAAGUGGGGAGUUGAAUUUGUCAACUUUGACAAAGAUACUGACGUAUCGGCCAAGAUCAACGAACUUGUUCCAGGUGGACUUGACCGUGCCAUCGACUGUGCCGGAUUCCGUUACGCUAAGAGCAUUGUCCACAAGGUCGAAAGAACUCUAGGCAUGGAAACGGAUUCCAGCGAAGUAGUUAACGAGAUGAUUCGAUCCACCAAGAAGUUCGGUACCAUAGCUUUGAUUGCUGACUAUGCCGCUUAUACAAACCACUUCUUGAUCGGAGCUGUCAUGGAAAAGGGUCUUCGCCUUGUUGGCUGUGGACAGGCACCUAUCCAACGUCACUGGGAUACUUGCUUGUCUCAUAUCCAAAAAGGUGAAUUCGAUCCAACCAUUAUUCUGACCCACCGGUUCCCACUCGAUCAGACUGACGUUGUCUAUCGUCGCUUUGACCAAAAAGAAGCCGGUAUCAUGAAGACCUUCCUCGAGACUCGCUUUAGUGAACCACAAAUGCCUGGCACACCAAUGCUAAUGAAUGCCGACGACGCGUAAACAUAGUGUGAUAUUAGUCACAAUAGUGCUCAACGUACAAUCGUUAUGUUUUUGAUGUAAAUAAAUGAAACGAAAAAAAAAAUUUAAUUCGCAGUUUUAUGCGUAA